AUGGAGCAACCUCCUAGCAUGGCUAACCCUCAAUUUCCCAACUAUGUUUGCAAACUUCAAAAGGCUCUUUAUGGCCUUAAACAAGCACCUCACGCUUGGUUUGAUCGUUUCAGUUCUUUUCCUCUUAAAUAUGGUUUCUUUUGUAGUAAGGCUGAUCCAUCCUUAUUUAUUUGGCACUCAAAUAUUGGAUCACUAAUUCUUCUUCUUUAUGUAUAUGAUAUACUCCUCACAGGAUCCACUACCACUCUAGUUUCAGACUUCAUUAAACUUCUACAGUCCGAAUUUUCCAUGAAAGACUUAGGCCCUCUCCAUCACUUCCUUGGCAUUGAAAUACUCCAGACAACUGAUGGCCUUCAUCUAUCCCAGUCACACUAUGCCCUUACCAUCCUUGAACGAGUUGUUGAUUGUAAACCAAAGAGCACACCACUUGAAGCUAAGAUGAAGAUGACGUCCAAUGGCACUCCCUAUGAUGAUCCAAGUUACUUUCGUGGGCUUGUUGGAUCUUUACAAUACCUCACCCUUACUCGCCCUGAUAUUUCAUACAGUGUUAAUUUUGUGUCCCAAUUUAUGCAUUAUGCUACCAUUAUGCAUUUACAAAUGGCCCAUCAUAUAUUACGAUAUGUCAAGGGAACUAUUGAUGUAGGUCUCCACUUUACUUCAAAUACCACACUUGAUCUUUUUGCUUUUUUUGAUGCAGAUUGGGCAGGUUGUCCUACCAAUCGACACUCCACCAUCGGUUAUUGUAUCUAUCUUGGAAGAAAUCUUAUCUCAUGGUGUGCUAAGAAACAACCAACAAUUUCUCAGUCCAGCACGGAAGCUAAAUAUAGGGCCAUGGCAAAAACUACCAUUGAACUCACAUGGCUUACCUUUCUCUUGCAAGACCUUCGCAUUUCACUUGCAUCCCUUCCACUGUUAUACUGUGAUAAUCUCAAUGCUCUUCACAUGACCAUCAAUCCAGUAUUUCAUGCCCACAACAAGCACAUUGAAUUGGAUUAUCACUAUGCCCGUGAACGAGUUGCUCUUGGCCAUCUUGUCACUCACCACAUUCCUACCAACGAUCAAGUUGCUGAUUUGUUCACUAAGCCCAUGUCUAAAGCUACUCUCAUGCAUUUUCGGACCAAACUCUGCCUUCAACCUCAUCCUUGUUUAAGGGAGGAUAUUAACAAUAAUCAGUUGUUGAAUGACAAUCAUGCAAAAAAGGAAACAAAGAGCCGUUGGAAGCAAAUCCCUAUGAUUGUGCUACUGAUAAUCGAAAGUUGUUGGAAGACUAAUCUACUUUAA